AUGAAAGCUUUAAUGGAUCUUCUUUCACCGUCAAAUGAUUUGAACAGCCUAAGAAGGUACGAAGACCACCUAGAAACGUACGUAAGAGGUCUUGAAUGUUUGGGUCAAACACAAGAAAUGUAUGGCGCGCUAUUAGUACCUAUAAUUAUUAGUAAACUACCAGUUGAAACGAGAAAAAGUAUUGCCCGUGAAUAUGAUAGCGAUCAUAUAACUCUUAACAACCUCAGAAAAGCCAUCACGAAAGAAGCGAGAAUUCUUGAAGCAGGGCAAUUUACCGAUCGCGACAGUUUACAUACUACCGCAACAUUUCUAACCGAAGCUCGUUAUAAAACACAGCGAAAUUUCAAUACAAACAAUCCACGUUUUAAUGACAAAAAACGUCCAUGCAUCUACUGCACUGGUAUACAUUUUCCGGGAGAUUGCACGAUAAGUUCUGACGUGAAUGAAAGACUGAACAUCGUAAAGCAAAAGAAAAAAUGUUUCAACUGUCUAGGAAACCACGGUGUUUCCGAGUGUAAAUCACGUAACCGAUGUAAGAAAUGCAACAAGAAACAUCACACCAGUAUUUGCGGGGAACAAGCUACAGAUGGAAAAGAACAGGAGAGCAAGGAGAAAUCAACCGUUGUAGGUUUGGUAAGAACAGAAGAACCAGAAACCGCAGUAAUGUAUACCUCACAACACACAAGCGUUUUAUUGAAAACAGCUAUCGCACCAAUAGCAUACGGGAAACGGAUCACAGAAGCUAGUAUUUUAUUUGACGAAGGUGCCAAACGGUCAUUCAUUACUCAGAGCAUAGCAGACAAAUUACAGAUAAGACCAAGCGGAAGGGACACAAUUGAACUGUCAGCUUUUGGAGACAAGGAGAAUAAUAUACGCCAUUUGGAUACAGCAACCGUUCAACUACACACUGACAAAGGUGAGAUUGUAAGCAUUAAUGCAUUGCUUGUUCCAGAUAUUGCAGUCCCACUUCAAAACCAGACGAAAUACUUUACACGCAAUUUGCCAUACUUGAAAGAUUUAAAGCUCGCACAUCUGGCAAAUAACGCUGAUAGCUUUGAAAUUACACUCUUGAUAGGAGCCGAUUACUAUUGGGAUAUAGUUCAAGAUCACGUGAUAAGAGGGAAUGGACCUACAGCCGUAGCAUCAAAACUUGGUUACUUGUUAUCUGGACCGGUAAUAAGAAACGGAGAGAAAUCCUUGACUUCAUCAGUUCUUCUGAAUGUUACUUCACACCAUGCAGAGGAAAGCGAGAUCGAUAAUUUGUGGAAUCUAGAAUCGUUAGGAAUACGUUUACCACAAGACGAUGAGGAGAGUUUUGUAAAGACUUAUCAACAAGACUGUAUCAAAUUUGAAAACGAACGUUAUUCUGCCAAGUUGCCAUGGAAACUGGAUCAUCCGGAUCGCCCUAUACUGUACCCGCUCGAAAUCCAAACCAACGUUAACAAUUUAGAUGACAAAAAUGAUGAUACUUCAACAGAGAGAUUGACACGAGUUCUACCAAAUCGAGAGACAUCUGUCCGAGCUCGAGAGAACAUAAAGAAAUGGACUAACCAAAAGUGA